GGAAUGGUUUUGAAGUGGUUGAGCCCUGAGAUGAAGGAUGACCAUGAUUUGUGCCUGGCAGCUGUGCAGCAAGAUGGUUUCGCCUUGCAGUUUGCUUCUCCCCGGCUACGGCAGAGCAAAACCUUGGUCCUCGCCGCCGUGUCGCGCGAUGGCGCCGCGCUGCAGUUCGCAUCGCCAGAGCUGUGUGAGGAUCGCGAGGUGGUGCUGGCUGCGGUGGAGCAGGAGUCCUACAGCUUGACCUAUGCCUCGGAGAGUUUGAAGUCGGAUCGAGACUUCUUGCUGUUGGCCUUGGCUUGCAACGGCCGUGCGUUGGAGUUCUUGAGUGGCGAUUGCAAGAAGGACAUGGACCUCGUUCUAGCCGCCGUCACCGAGUGGCCUGUGGCCCUACGGUUGGCCGACCCGGAGCUCCGACGCUGCAAGCCCUUUGUGCUGGCCCUUUUGGAACGUCGUGCUUGCAAGUUGAAUUAUCCUGCAGAAGAGCUUUGGGCAGAUCGUGACUUUGUUCUUGCAGCUGUGCAGAUCCAAAGUUCAUCCUUCCAGGCAGCAGCGCUGCAUCUCCGUGCUGAUCGAGAGAUUGCAUGGGCAGCGGUGCAGCGCCACGGUUACUGCUUGGAGUUUGCGUCCAGCGAUUUGCGGGCAGACAAAGCCUUGGUGUUGAGGGCUGUGCAGCAGUACGCCUUCGCUCUCAAGUUUGCACCUGAAUUGCAGGACGACCCAGACAUCGUUUGGGCGGCGGUGGCACGGCACGGCUGCAGCUUGCGAUAUGCCUCAGAGACCUUAAGAGCUGACCGGGCCUUGGUGCUGCGUGCGGUGGAACAGCAGGGCUUCGCCCUGCAGUUCGCGGCCAAGGCACUCCAGAAAGACCACGAGGCGUUGCAAUCCGUGGUGGGGUGGAGCGGAUUUCGCUCCUGGGGCGGUGGACAACGGGUCCACGCCCGUGGCCAAUCCGACCGGAUGGUGGCCAUCCGCCCGGAGCAAAUCGAUGCGUGGUUCGACCUGGCCAGUACCAUGGUCUCGGAGUGCGGCUGGGAGCUGGCCGCAAAUCAUCCCGAGGCUUGCUUGUAUCAUCGCUCGUCUCCCUCUGGGAAUGGGCAUUUGAUCAAGAUCAACGUCGAAGAGGUCUUUAUCGAGGACGCUCCAGCCCUAGCACGGGAGCUUUUGGUCAGGCCAGAGGUCCGUGCUCAGUUCCAUGAAGCAGGCUGCAAGGAAUGCUGGAUCGACUGGAAGGAGACCUUGGCUCCUGGUGAUGCUUUAGUGGAACAGGCCAAUACCUGUUUUUUGCUUCGCGUCGCCGCGCUCCUUUUUGGAGACUUUUCGGGCCCUUACUCGAACUCAUGCUUCUAUAACGAAGAGCCCAUCUUAGCCAGACAUCAGCUCAGGACGGACUGUCCUGAAGAAGGAAGCAGCACUUAUGCAUGUUUCCAAGAGAACCAUGGCACUGGGCAAGAGCAAAUGGUGAUUGCGCGUGGCACUGGGCGCCCAGACUACUUUCAGAUCAUCGUGGCCUUCACCACCCCCGAAGAUCGCUGGGCUCGCUGGGCCACGCCCUUCUUCAGCUUGUUGACGGACACGGCAAGCAUCGCCAUCAAGUCAUACUUGAAUCGGCCCGGUGUGAAGCUCGUGCGACAACUGAAUAGCAAGUUCUAUUGCAUUUUGUCCCUCCGGAGCUACAACCGGGGCCCACCGUUGCUGCCCAGCGAGACCGACCACGUGGAUGGCGUGAAAGCGAUCACAGUGACCGCUGGCGAGGACUUGGGCUUGUCGUUUUGGGUGCGCUUCGAUGGGCACCAUGUGGAUGGGAAGUUCCAUCUCGCUCAGUAUUUGCAGCGAUUCAUGGAACAGCUCAAAAUCAAGGGCUUCGUGGCUUACGAGUCCUUGGAUUCACACUUUUUGGUCCCAUACCAGUGCGUGGUGCUGCGCGAGAAGUGGGAGGCGGUGCGCGCUCGCUUUCAUCAAGCCUUCACCUUCCAAAAGGCCGCCUAUCGCCGUGGCAAUGGCGGCACCGCCGCACCCAGCCUGGUGGAAGAUGCCCCAGCGCGCUUCUGUGAGAGGCCAGAUCAACCACCCUCCGAUUGGUUUCCGGUGCCGAAAGUGGUGGUGCACAAGACCUUCCUGGAGCUGGACGAAGAUGUGGGGCCUCAAAGCCCUGUGCGGAAGAUCAAGAGUGAGAAA